CAGCCUCAGCGCGCCCGCCCGCCCGCCAGUGCCCGCCCUCCUCCUCCUCCUCCUCCUUCCCUCCCUCGCGGCGGCUCCUCCAGUGCUGUGCAGCUGCAAGGCCAGCCCGCCACCCGCGCGCCCCCGGCCCGCCCCGCCGCUGCUGCUGCUGCUGCUGCUCCUGCUGCGCCUUCUUCCCGCCUUGCUGCGCCCGGCGGCGGCGGCGCCACAACUGUUGCUCCGAGGAGGAGGAGGAGGAGGAGGCGGAGGCGGAGGGCAGAGGAGGCGGGCCGCGGCGGCACCAGCAGCAGCAGCGACGGCCACGACGACGCCGCCGAGCCGGAGGAAGGGCCGCCAGCGCCGGAGCCCCGCCGCCGCCGCCGCCCUCGGGGCCCUGCCGCCCGCCAUGUCGCGCUCCAACCGGCAGCGCGAGUACCAGUGCGGCGACCUGGUCUUCGCCAAGAUGAAGGGCUACCCGCACUGGCCCGCCCGGAUCGACGAGAUGCCAGAAUCCGCCGUGAAAUCGGCCUCUAAUAAAUACCAAGUCUUUUUCUUCGGGACUCAUGAAACGGCGUUCCUGGGCUCCAAGGACCUCUUUCCGUACGAAGAGUGCAAGGUCAAGUUCGGGAAGGCCAAUAAGCGGAAAGGCUUCAGCGAGGGGCUCUGGGAAAUUGAGAACAACCCGACCGUGAAGGCGUCCGGAUAUCAGCCCACCCCGAAGAAGGGCUCCACCGAGGACGCCGAGGCCGAGCGGGAGCCGGGGGGCGAAGGGGACAAGAAAGGCAGCCCGGAAGGCAGCAGCGACGAGGAGGGCAACCUAGUGAUUGACGAGCAGUCCAAGGAGAAGAACGAGAAGGCUGGGAACAAGAGGAAAGCGGAGGCCGCCCUGGAGGACCCCUCCCCCAAACGCGCCAAGGAAUCGGAGGAUCAGGCUGUGGGAGAGAAAACGGGCAGCGGAGACACCCCCAAGGAGGCCGAGAAGCAGAAGGCCAGCCUGGCCGAAGUGGACAAGAAGAACAGUAGCGGCCCCCUUGGCGUGCCGGGAGCUGAGGGCGAGGGGAAGGAGAAGACCACCACGGAGGAAGAGGAGGAGGAGGAAGAGGACGAGGACGAUGAGGAUGACGACGAGGAGGAGAUCAGAGAUCACAAGGAGAGCCUGUAGCUGACCGACCCGAUCUGCUCUUCUGAACCGAUCCCGACCCGCUGGGUUCCCUGGGUGCUAAGAACCAGAUUUCGUCCCCAUCGGCUUACCGCCUCCGCGACUCGUGGGAAGAGAGUCCCGAUCCACAUUUCUACAGAAGCAAAAGGAAAUCGCCCCACCCGGCCGACCUGCGUUUCCCCUGGCCCAGCCGUUUUGCUGGGGCCGCGCUUUGAGUUAGUAAUUUCUAGGGGGUUGGGGGUGCUGAUCAGCCACUUUGAAAUAAAAGCAGCUGAAUGCCUUUUUAAAAAAACCCA